CUCGUCGCUAUCAGCGAGAGAAGUCCAGACGCAAUACACAUAGAAACCGCCAUGUCGGAGCUCAAUGUCAACGCCGCCAACGUCCGCGUGCUGGGCCACGUCUCGGAUGCGUUCCGCCGCGUACUCACGCCCGAUGCACUACGCUUCCUCGCCUUCCUGCAUGAGCAGUUUGAGCCACGACGACAUGCACUGUUGGCUGCGCGUGUACAGCGUCAGAAGGAGUUGGAUGCCGGUGUGCUGCCGGACUUCCUGCCUGAAACCGCCUACAUCCGCGAAGGCGACUGGAAGGUGGCAUCUAUCCCCGCUGACCUGGCUGACCGCCGCGUCGAGAUCACGGGCCCUGUGGACCGCAAGAUGGUUAUUAACGCGCUUAACUCUGGUUCCAAGUGCUACAUGGCCGACUUUGAGGACUCGACGGCCCCCACGUGGUUCAACCAGGUGGACGGCCAGGUAAACCUCAUCGAUGCAGCGCGCAAGACCAUUUCGUACACGCACCCGCAGACAGGCAAGAAGUACGCGCUCAACGACAAGGUGGCAACGCUGCUGGUGCGUCCGCGUGGCUGGCAUCUGGACGAGGCCCACGUGCUUGUGAGCAACCAGAUCAUGUCUGGAUCGCUCUUCGACUUUGGCCUCUACUUCUUCCACAACGCACACGAACUGCUGGCGCGUGGCUCGGGUCCGUACUUCUACCUACCCAAACUAGAGCACCACCUAGAAGCCAAGCUGUGGAGCGACGUGUUCGUGGCCGCCCAGAGCUAUCUGAGCAUUCCGCAGGGUUCCAUCCGCGCGACUGUGCUGGUGGAGACCAUCGUGGCCGUCUUUCAGAUGGACGAGAUCCUGUAUGAGCUGCGCAACCACUCGUCGGGUCUCAACUGUGGUCGAUGGGACUAUAUCUUCUCGUACAUUAAGAAGUUCCGCAACCACCCCAAGUUCGUGGUGCCGGAUCGUUCAUCAGUUGGUAUGACCACACCGUUCAUGGCCGCCUACGUCAAGCUGCUCGUCCGCACGUGCCACCGUCGUGGCGCUCACGCUAUGGGCGGCAUGGCGGCUCAGAUCCCCGUCAAGAACGACCCGGAGCUCAACAACAAGUUCAUGGCUGCCGUCACGGAGGACAAGUCGCGUGAGGUGACUGCGGGUCACGACGGCACGUGGGUGGCGCAUCCGGGUCUCGUCAAGAUUGCCAUGGACGCGUUCAGCAAGAUGUCGGGUCCGAACCAGAUCUCGUUCAUCCCUGAGGUCGGCAAGGAUAUCACUGCAGCUCAGCUCAUCGAACCCCCGACGGGUGCUAUCACGUACAAUGGUCUGGUGGAGAAUAUUGACGUGUCGCUCGUGUACACGGAGGCGUGGCUUCGUGGCAGUGGCUGUAUCCCGCUGCAUAACAAGAUGGAGGACGCUGCUACGGCCGAGAUCUCGCGUGCACAAGUCUGGCAAUGGAUUCGUCACAGCUGUAAGACGGUGGAGGGCAAGACCGUGACGAAGGAUUUAGUGCUGGACAUCCUGAAGGAGUGUGUCAACAAGCGGUCACUGAAUGCCCCUCCGGGCAACAAGUGGGCGCUCGGAGGCGAGAUCAUGGGCAAGGUGCUGACAGGAGACGACAUGGUGGACUUCCUCACGCUGCCGUGCUACCCGCGCAUUGUGCAGCUCGGAUCGAGCAUCUGAAGCUAAGGUCCCAUCGCUGCAAAGAGCAUCCUGGCAUGCCAAGGACGAGCUGACCGAGCGAUCCGAGCAGUAGGAAUGUUGGGCGGUGGGACUUUUUGGUCAUGACACGAUGGAGAGACAGAAAAGUAUCAUUAAUAAUGCACCACGAAAUUAUCAAAAGCAA